AUGAAACGCUGCUCGUACUGCCAUAGGACGUUCAUCAAGACCGAGCAUCUUUUGCGCCACGAGCGUUCUCACACUGGAGAAAAGCCAUACCAGUGCCGUAAGUGCAAUCGUCGGUACGCUCGGAGCGACGUCUUGUUGAGGCACGUCAAGUACUUUCAUGGGCAAGACAACUCGUCAAAUGACACACAGAGCAACCCCGAAAGCGCCGUCGAACAGAACCAGACCGCCCGUCGCGAGAGCACUACCGAAAAUGAGGUUGAAAAGAGCGGUGAUAACAGCAAUGGCUUGCCGAACCAGGGGGACAACAUGAGCCAAAAUCCGCCAGCAAUCGAUGCGACUGUCUCGACUGACCAGCUCAUCACGGAACUGGAUGCACUGGCUGCGGCAACAUUGUUGCAGGCUCGCAAUCAAGGACUAAACGGCGACUCUGGAUUUGAAAUUACACAGCCUUCGCUUGAAGGACCUCAUGAGAACCAUCCAGAUGCUCAGCCAGAGUCAACAGCCGCACAAGAUCUCGUCGUUCCUGAUUUGACGACCUCACCACCGGAAAUGAUCAAUGGCAGCACCGACUUUCACGUCAUGUUAAGCGGGGGGACUGAUUUUGUGCAGUCAUCCUUAAUGAUAAGUAAUGGCUUCUCCAACGACCUUGAAGCCUGUCAAGGUGUUCUCGACCUGUUCCACGCCAACUUCAACUCGCUGGAUUUCCUGAACCUGUCCACAGCCAACGGUAACUCACCAACAUUGACGAGCUCCCAGUUCGCUAGCACGGAACGCGCGGGCAGCAUUCCCCUCGAGAGGUUCGCCCAGGUCGCGCGGCUGUGGCCCAGCAAUCGAUCGAGACUGGCCGACGACGGCGCCGCGAGGAUAUGGAUCGAUGUGGUGGGCUACAGGGGCGAUAACAUCUUGACCGACAUUUUCAUCUCGGAAACGUCACCGACGCCGUCCAUCGGAAAAGAGAAGGAGUCGAAAUGGGGCCUUGAUGAAGACAAGCGCCAAGAGCUUGUCCACGAGUUCGUGCCUGAUGCCUUGUCCAGUAGCAAGUUUCCGCCAGCGCGAUUGCUCAACCUCGGUCUCGACAUUGUCUUUCGACAGCCUCACUCACUGCUUCCAUUUAUACAUCGACCGACAUUUUCUGCGAAAUCUGCGCCGAACUUGGUCGUUCUGUCAUUAUGCCUUCUUGGGCUUGUGCAUUUCGACUCAAAACAAGUUAGAGACUUCGCCUUCAGCUUCCUCCCGGCGGCAACUCAAAAAUGUUGUCACCAGUUGGCGACGCCGUCGUUUGGACCGGGCAGCUCGGUGAGAUUGAUUGCCCAUCUCACGUCUGCGGCGGUGCUUCUAAUGGCUUGGUCCAUCUGCCCACCUGUGGACACACAAAACGAGACUCUGUCGCGUAUGCUGUAUAGCCAGACAAUUUCUGUCGCACAACUAUCAGGCCUAUUCAGCGCCUGCCCAGACUCACCGAGCCUAGGAGGCCUUGUGGAACAGCUCAGGAUACAAAACGAGUCUCAGGGCCAACUAAGGAAUGACGACGCUCUCUGGAAGGCCUGGGCGAGAGCCGAGAGUGUAAAAAGACUGAUCUCGGCGCUGAUAAUGACGGAUGCUUGGUGGGCGUAUAGCUUGGGCGACAGACCGCUCAUUCGGUCCCCAGUGAUGCAGUUUGAGGUACCAUGCUCUGUCGAACUGUUCCAGGCUUCUUCAGCCAGAUCAUGGAAGCGAAUUGUUGACGGCGGCACCAGCAUUGUGUCUGGAACUGUCACGAUACAGACCCACGAACCCUUGGUACGCCUGCCAGAGUCGCAGAACCUCUCGCCCGUGGGGAUCAUCGGGCUACUCUCCAUAAUCUGGAUUCGCAUUCUGGAAGUUCGUAUCCGCGUUGCCAAGGUGCCGUCUGCCACUGGAGGCUACAGACUCUCUGACGCAUCCAACCGAGUAUUUGCGUCUGAUGAGGCCGGAAGAGCGCUAUCAGGCUUGCUGAACGAGAUCUACGGAUCCUACUCGAGGUUCCUCAGGUACAAGAACCCAAAUUGUAUCGUCAUGUGGCACUUCCUCAACAUCAACCUCUUCGCCAAUCUCGAAGUCUUUGAGCUCGCUGCGGGUCGAAAGGGGGCUGACGGCGCACACGAGGCUCUGCAGAACAUUGCUGCUUGGAGUCAAACCUGGUAUGCCCGACGGGCCUGCCUCCAUGCUGCUGGAAUUUAUACCGCCAUGAGCCGCCGACGUAUUAGCGAUGGCACCAUGUUUCACUCGGAAGUCUCCAUCUUUGCUGCGGCGCUCGUCCUUGGACUGUACGUGUUCAUGAUGCCGCCGAACCAGCAGGAUUCUAGGUUCGCAGACGUGGAACCUUACGAGUUUCUCAAUGAGGUGGACUGGCCUUUGCUGGGGGGCAAUGGGAUGGCGGCGACAUCAACGCCUGGGUCUACCGUCGAUGACGGGCAGGAGAACGCAGCCAGACGAUUCCUCAGAGAAGGCGGCGUCAUCAGCUUCUCAGGAGUAAUAUGUGAAGGAGGCUAUAACGCGGCAAAGAUGAUUCUGCUGGAGUUUUCCAGCCUGAUUGAGGAGGUAGGAAAGUGGAACGCAAAAGGGCUUUGUCAUAUUUUGAGGAUCAUGAGCGAUUCUUUGCUUGAUGUAGAGGAUCAGCCCGAAGGUGGUUGA